AUGUACAAAAAUCCUACGCAGAAUUCGAACUUCGUCGCGACUGUCUACGAUUAUGAGAAAGACGUGCAGCUAAGCAUUCAGCUGAAUCGUUGGAUACUGAAGCCGAUCGGCGUCUGGCCAAAAUCAGCAAGAACCUCAUGGAUAGAAAAAUCCGCUUAUAUGCUAAUAAACGUGAUUUGCACCAGUCUCAUUGGCUUCCUGUUCAUACCCUGUGCUGCCUACAUGGCGCUCGAGGUAGAGGACACGUAUAAUACCUUGAAGCUCUCCGGACCUCUGAGUUUCUGUCUGAUGGCCGUCAUUAAGUAUUCCUCUCUGAUCUUGCGCGAGAACGAUAUCCGCAAAGGUAUCCAGCACAUCGAGAACGAUUGGAUGAACACCCGGUAUUACAAAGAUCGGAUCAUCAUGAUUAGAAACGCAAAGUUCGGCCGUCGUCUCGUAGCGAUAUGCGCGUUCUUCAUGUAUGGUGGUGCUGUGUUUUAUUACCUCGCCAUGCCAUUCAGCAAUGGCAAGGUCACGGAGAUUGACCUAAAUUUGACGUAUCAGCCUCUGGUGUAUCCGGUCGCCAGAGUAUUCGUCGACGCGCGAUACAGUCCCAUCAGCGAGAUUAUCUUCUGGAUGCAGUGUUUGUCAGGUUUCAUCGCGCAUUCCAUCACCGCCGGUGCAUGCAGUGUAGCCGCCGUAUUCGCAAUGCAUGCUUGCGGCCGCUUAGAGAUUCUAAUGCAAUGGAUCGAGCAUUUGGUAGAUGGAAGGGAAGACUUUCGCGGCAACUUGGAUGAGAGAAUGUCGAUGAUUGUGCAGCAUCACGUUCGGAUCUUACAUUUUAUAUCGCUAACGGAUAAAGUACUACGUGAAAUAUCUAUCGUCGAAAUUGUAGGAUGUACGUUAAACAUGUGCUUUCUUGGAUAUUAUAUUAUUACGGAGUGGAAUAUUAAAGAGCCUGCACAUUAUAUAACGUAUAUUGUUCUCCUCAUAUCUCUUACAUUCAAUAUUUUCAUAUUUUGUUACAUUGGCGAACUUGUUGCUGAACAGUGCAGAAAGAUCGGCAAGGUCUCAUACAUGAUCGAUUGGUAUCGUCUACCAGAAAGAAAAGCUCUUGCUCUCGUGUUAAUGAUCGCUAUGUCCAAUUCGUCUGUCAAAUUUACUGCCGGAAAUUUCUUCGAGCUGUCUCUUAAUACUUUCGGUGACGUAGUUAGGACAUCCGUCGCCUACUUGAAUAUGCUACGUACAUUAACUUCGUAA